AAGUGACACGCCCGGUCGCGCAGGCGCAGUGCUGCACGGACGUUCACAACGCGCAUGCGCUCCCCUGCGCUUCAGAUCGCCUUUAACUCAAACAGCGAGAGGAGCAACCCGAGUCUUUUAAAUUAGUCGCAUUCAGCUUCGCGAUACCGCCCCCAAUAUCAGUACCGGUACGGAGCCACCAGGCCGGGACAGAGACGGAGAGCGAGCCCUCGGCCAUGGAAGCGCUCGGACCCGGACCCCCUCCCGCCCCCAGCUCCCUGUUCCAGCCGCCCCGCAGGCCCGGAUUGGGUACGGUUGGGAAGCCGAUCCGCCUGCUGGCCAAUCACUUCCAGGUGCAGAUCCCGAAGAUCGACGUCUAUCACUAUGAGGUGGACAUCAAGCCGGAGAAGAGGCCGCGCCGGGUCAACAGGGAGGUGGUGGACACCAUGGUGCGGCACUUCAAGAUGCAGAUUUUCGGAGACACUCAGCCCGGGUACGACGGGAAGAAGAACAUGUACACGGCACAGCCGCUGCCUAUCGGCCGGGACAGGGUUGAUCUGGAGGUGACCCUUCCUGGCGAGGGGAAGGAUCAGACCUUCAAGGUGUCGAUCCAGUGGGUGUCAGUAGUGAGCCUGCAGAUGUUGCUGGAGGCACUGUCGGGGAACCUUGAGGUCCCGGAGGACUCUGUGCAGGCCCUCGACGUCAUCACCAGACACCUGCCGUCCAUGAGGUACACUCCAGUGGGGCGCUCCUUCUUCUCCCCUCCCGAGGGGUACUAUCACCCGCUGGGCGGGGGCAGGGAGGUGUGGUUUGGGUUCCACCAGUCCGUGCGGCCCGCCAUGUGGAAUAUGAUGCUGAACAUCGACGUGUCGGCGACGGCUUUCUACCGCGCCCAGCCCGUCAUCGAGUUCAUGUGUGAAGUGCUGGAUAUUCAGAACAUCAACGAGCAGACCAAGCCACUGACCGACUCUCAGCGCGUCAAGUUCACUAAAGAGAUCAGAGGCCUGAAGGUGGAGGUGACUCACUGUGGGCAGAUGAAGAGGAAAUACCGAGUGUGCAACGUGACCCGUCGGCCCGCCAGCCACCAGACGUUCCCUUUGCAGCUGGAGAACGGCCAGGCAAUGGAGUGCACGGUGGCUCAGUACUUCAAACAGAAGUACAGCCUGCAGCUCAAGUACCCGCACCUGCCCUGCCUGCAGGUGGGCCAGGAGCAGAAGCACACCUACCUGCCCCUGGAGGUGUGUAACAUCGUAGCGGGGCAGCGCUGUAUCAAGAAACUGACGGAUAAUCAGACUUCCACCAUGAUCAAAGCGACCGCGCGUUCAGCACCCGACAGGCAGGAGGAGAUCAGCAGGCUGGUGAAGAGUAACAGCAUGGUGGGCGGGCCAGACCCCUACCUGAAAGAGUUCGGCAUCGUGGUCCACAACGACAUGACCGAGGUGACAGGGCGGGUCCUCCCAGCGCCCAUGCUGCAGUACGGGGGCCGGGUGAGUACAGAGACUGGGAGGGACUGUGGCAGGAAUAAAACGGUGGCCACACCAAACCAGGGCGUGUGGGACAUGCGGGGGAAGCAGUUCUACGCUGGCAUCGAGAUCAAGGUGUGGGCUGUGGCCUGCUUCGCGCCGCAGAAACAGUGCAGAGAAGACCUGCUCAAGAGCUUCACUGACCAGCUGCGCAAGAUCUCCAAGGACGCGGGGAUGCCUAUCCAGGGCCAGCCCUGCUUCUGUAAAUAUGCGCAGGGUGCUGACAGCGUGGAGCCCAUGUUCAAGCACUUAAAGAUGUCCUACGUGGGCCUGCAGCUGAUCGUGGUGAUCCUGCCUGGAAAGACUCCAGUCUACGCGGAGGUGAAGCGUGUGGGAGACACUCUCCUGGGAAUGGCCACUCAGUGUGUUCAGGUGAAGAAUGUGGUGAAGACCUCCCCCCAGACCCUCUCCAACCUCUGCCUGAAAAUCAACGCCAAGCUGGGGGGCAUUAACAACGUCCUGGUCCCGCACCAGCGCCCCUCUGUGUUCCAGCAGCCCGUGAUCUUCCUGGGGGCGGACGUCACGCACCCCCCUGCUGGCGACGGGAAGAAGCCCUCGAUCGCAGCGGUGGUGGGCAGCAUGGACGGGCACCCCAGCCGCUACUGCGCCACGGUGAGGGUGCAGACGUCACGGCAGGACCUGUCCCAGGACCAGCUCUUCAGCCAGGAGGUGAUCCAGGAUCUCACCAACAUGGUGCGGGAGCUGCUCAUCCAGUUCUACAAGUCGACCCGCUUCAAACCCACCAGGAUCAUCUACUACCGUGGGGGAGUGUCCGAGGGGCAGAUGAAACAGGUGGCCUGGCCGGAGCUGAUUGCCAUUCGGAAAGCCUGCAUCAGCCUGGAGGAGGACUACCGGCCUGGCAUCACCUACAUCGUGGUGCAGAAACGCCACCACACCCGGCUGUUCUGCAGUGACAAGAGCGAGAGGGUUGGGAAGAGUGGGAACGUUCCCGCUGGCACCACAGUGGACAGCACUAUCACCCACCCAUCUGAGUUUGACUUCUACUUGUGCAGCCACGCUGGGAUUCAGGGCACCAGCCGCCCCUCUCACUACCACGUGUUGUGGGAUGACAACUGCUUCACUGCGGACGAGCUGCAGCUCCUCACCUACCAGCUGUGCCACACGUACGUGCGCUGCACCCGCUCCGUCUCCAUCCCCGCGCCCGCUUACUACGCGCGGCUGGUGGCGUUCCGAGCGCGGUACCACCUGGUGGACAAGGACCACGACAGUGCCGAAGGCAGUCAUGUUUCUGGACAGAGUAAUGGCCGGGACCCCCUGGCCCUGGCGAAGGCUGUGCAGAUUCACUACGACACCCAGCACACCAUGUACUUCGCCUGAGACCUGCAGCUCAGCCCUCCGGCCAGCAGACGGCGCUGUCUCUCUAGCUCUCCAGCACACCACAGCAGUUCUGACGCCAGCAGACCUGGGCCCCCUGUCCAGUUCAAGCGGGCCGGGCCAUAUUUUUAAAUUUUUUUACAGACCGCUUCCUACCAGCAAUCCCAGGAUUCCACUGCGGCCGCACUGAGAGCCAGGUUCUAAUGCACGGGCACACACUGAGCCACUGGAUCUUUACUGGACACUGAUCUCCGAUCGGAAGCACUAGACAGGACGGACUUUCUCUUCACCGCUACCAGGAGUUUAUAUUUUUACCUCAAGGCGUGACGGACCCCCGGGUCCUGAGAUUUUAAACAAGGGUUUGCAUGAAAUGUUUUUAAUGUCGUCGUUGCGUAUUUCAAGUCUCUGCAUUUUUAAAAUGUCUUUGAACUCUUCCCUUUCUUUGUGUUUGUAAACGAGGUGUCCUUGGUGCGAGUUUCCCUUCCCUUUCUCUCCCAUGUUGUUGUGUGAGUGAUCGCGUGCGUGUGCGUGCGUGUGCGUGUGCGUGCGUGUGUGUUUUGAGUAUAGACAUGUUAUUACGUCUGUUGCAGGACAGGCUACAGAAUCGUAAAGGGAAACGUAAGGAAUUGAACUGCUGUAAAUGCCUCAUGUGUUUUCUCUUUCUUUUAUAACUAAGACAAUUUUUCCAGGCUUCUUGAAGCCAGCGUUGUGUGUAGCAGUGUCUCUGUUCUGCCCUCGUACCCGAGCCCUUGGCAUUCUUUCAUUUGGGGUGGAUUGGGGGCACUUUCUCUGUUCUCAGGUCAGCCAAAAAUAUGGCAGGUCCAUAUAGCAGCCAUAUAGACUGUGCAGACGCAGCUUUUCAGCAUCCCAACGGCACUCUGGCUUCAUCCUCCCGAGCGGAUUACUCAUUUAUACAGUCAGGCUUUUAAUGUGAUUUCAGUUGUCUGAUGGAUUGUGCAGCUUGGCUGGUGAGGGAUAGGGUCAGAGUGAGGGUGAGGGGUGAGGUGAGCGUUUGGGUUUGGGUUUGGGUUUGGGUGAGGGACUCGAGUCCUGUCUGCCCCAGGACUGUAUCUUAUGAUUUUCAGUUGGCUGGUGGAUUGUCUCCCAGCCUCAUUCUCCAGCUUUGUAAUCGCUGUUUCUUACAGGAGAUUGCCUCUUCAUUGCAGGAGCUUCACAGUUGAACUCUUUCAUUAGUUUGAUGUUUGUUGUUUAGUCUGUUCAUGACAUCUGUAACACAGGGCAUUGAGGAGAAGCACUCUGGGGCUAAUAAUACAAUUUAGCUUCUCCAUCUUUGAAGUAAAAUACCCCAAAUCUCUUCGGACUUCACUAGAACUGACGGGCCAGGCUGCUGUCGUGUGUGUGUGAGCGAGUGAUGGAGUAGCCAGAGCUGCUGUUGAGAGCUCAGCCCUCUUCAGCGGAGGGGCUCGCAGGCCAGGGAGAGGCAUGGAGAGAGCAGAGAGGACUAGAACACGGGCUGGGGCUGCAGCAUUCAAACCGAGGGCUUAGACUAGGGGGCAAGGACAAUCUGCAGGUUAGGGGCAACGAGUUCUUUAAUUUGAGACAAUGUAUAGUAUUUAUAUCAAAUAUAUGUAUAUACACAGUAUGUGUGUCUGUGGUGUGUUUGAAAUUAUUAUAACAUCCAGUAAAAAAAAAAAAAAAAAAAAA